AUGCGCGAACUCUCUCAGAGCCCCACGGAAUCGAGGACCGAAAAAGUACUUCCGAGUAUGCAGUCACAACCGCUCCCUCCGCCCCAGACGCGAUGCCUACACACGAACCCUGGGCCCCACGCGCAGACGGUGAGUAAUUCACCACACUCACACGAAUGAAUAUGCUCAUACGGACACAAAUACACAACCAAGAGAGCCGCUACGGCCACCCGACAGACGACUAAUGGUCAACAAUGUAGUCAAGAUGGUCCGAUUUGAUGUCUUAAUCUGCAGGCCCCACCAUCCGCGGGUGAGCCGCAUGUGUUACACAUUCCCGUGCACCAGGAGGUCCAAGUGCGGGACCGCAUUGUGGAGGUACGUACGUACCGAGAUCCUCACACACACGAGACGGAUGAUUCAUGAAUGCAUUGUCCUCACCACCCACCCCGCUUUCGGCCGGCUGGUUGUGCAUCCAUUGAUUGGUUGUGUGCGGGCCUCCCUCCCUCCCUCCCUCCCUCCACCUGUCUGCGCUGCCUGCUUGUCAGAUUCCCGAGAUUCAUUUGGUGGAGGUCAUUAAGCCCAAGGUGACGAUACAGGAGGUGAUCAAGGAGGUGCCCAAGUAUGAGCCCGUAUACACCGAGAAGAUUGUCGAGGUGCCCCAAGUGCACACAGGUCAGUCACUUGCUGUCAUACACACAUACAUAGAACGGUACACAGACGCGUCUGUGCGGAUCUGUCCAUGAAUAUGCCUUAUGCAGUGGACAAGUUUGUUGAGGUGCCCCAGAUCCAGGAAGUCAUUCGAGAAGUCCCAAAAUUUGAAGUGCAGGUACGCUGACGGCUGUUGGCUGACGCUCCAAAGACAACCCGCGCGCGAUAUGCGUGAGGCACAGAGACGGACUCUGUCGUCUCUUUUGUCUGGCUGCAGGAGAUUGUCCGCGGGAUACCGAAGGUCCAAGUCCAGGUGAAUGAAUGACUUUCCCGCUGUGUGUGGCCUCUCCGUCUGUCUGUUUGUCCAUGCGUCGAUUCGCUCGCACUCCUGUCUCUGUCUUUCUCGCUCCUGUAUGUUGUUGCCCCCCGCGCCCCACGCACCUCUUAGUAUGCGGAGCGCAUUGUAGAGGUGCCGUUUGUGCAGUACGUGGACAAGCCGAUGGGCGUGGCCCAGGUGCAGGAGGUCAUCAAGGAGGUGCCCAAGGCCGAUGGUGUCCUCCCCGUCGACGGAGCCACCAGAUCCGUACCCAUGGGCAUGACCAAAGUUGUCGAGAAAAUCAGACACGUCCCGGGACCCGUGCAGGUCACUGCACGAGUCACCAACACAUAAGGGACUCCUGGCCUGCCUGUGCACGACACAUGCAUCGGCAUCAGUGGCCCCCUGUGUCGGGCUGGGUGUGUGUGUGGCUCAGUAUGUGGGUGUGCCUGUGCCGAAGGUGGUGCACUCGGGAAAAGUGGAGAUCGUCGAGAAGAUCAAAUACGUCGAAGUGCCGUCCUCACAGGUACUCCAAUGCUUGCUCCAACGCCAUUUAUUCAUUGGCCACGUGUCUCGUGGCCUGGGCGUGCCGUCUGGCUUCCUUCCUUCCUUCCUUCCUUGCUUGCUUGUUGCCUACAUACAUACAUUCAUACAUACAUUCAUACAUGCAUACAUGUGGAUGGAUGCAGAUUGUUGAGGUAGAGAAGCCCUACCCCGUGCCUGUCCCCGGUCCAGUGAUUGACGUGCCCGUGCCCAUGGGGUCAGCAGGGCUGGGCGAGAACCGAAGUGUCCUCGGCUCCAAACCACCCGGCAGUGGCAGGAUCAUACAAAUACCCGUCGAAGUGCCAGGCGAGACAAGAAGGACCUGAGAACCUGCCAUUCUCUGACUCAUUGAACUGUGUCUCCUCUCUGCCCUAUCCCGUGAUGUGCUGUCCUGUCCUGUCCCUGCACGCCUGUCCCUGGCUCGGUCAUGUGUGUGCACGUACGCAUGAAUGUUCUCCUUCCUUCAGUGGAGAAGGAGAUCAUAGUACACAAGCCCAUCCCGGUGCCAGUUGGCCAUGACGGCAAGCCAGCGGCUGUGGCCAAACCCGUCGAGCAGAUCCGUCACGUCGAGGUGCCCGAGUUCGUGGACGAGUAUGUGGAUGUCCCUGUACCUGGCGAUGCACCCAUCAUCAUACAGCCAUACCCAAUGGUGGUAAGCAGCCCAAAGAGUCAGUCAGUACAUGGACCCAAUCGAGGGACAGUCGGCGGCGAAAUUAUGUGUGCAGGAAGUCACACACUUGCCGCCAAUUAUCGAAAAGGCCGAGUAAGUGGAAGGGCGAAGGAAGGUGAGGUCGUGAGUUGGACACUUGUUGCCUGGCAGGCCCCGUUAUGUGCACGAUCCUCCAGUGCACCUGCCGCCAGAGUUCACCACCCAGCAGGUCCCUGCCGAGGCCAAGACAACCCCGCUCAACAACCCACCGUCCGGACUGCCAUCAGAAGGGCCCUGA